GUACUCCAUCCCCCACCCUGGCCUGCCCUCCUACCCAGGCACACUGGGGAGGUGGUGAGGUGGUUGGGGGUGCGGGAGCAUCCCGAGUUUGCGGGUGCCCUCAGAGCGUUGGGCGUACGGUCGCCGCCUCCUUGUCGCCUGGAUUUGGGUACCCGGGGAAUCCUCUCCUGUCGUGGCUGUUAGCGGCAGCCCUGGGCUGCUGGGCUGGGGCACCCAAAGGGGACCUAGUUGCCCCCAGCUCAGACUUUCGUCACCUCCCAGCUGGCCCACCCGACUCCUCUCUCUCGGAGCUUUUGACCCUUCGCAAUCACUUCAUUGGGCCAGGGCUCUGCACUUGCCUGGGACCUUAAGGAGAUGCUGCAGCUAGCAUGAACUGGUGGAUACUUUCUCUUUAUUCAGAAGCAUAAAGUUGUUUGCUGAAUGCAAGAAGAUGUUGCUUUGGCUCUUUCUGGUUCUGUCUACCCCCCUUUGUGUUUCAACAAAUGCAGAGUCUGACCCCUCGGUGGAAAUUUGCAAUGUGUGCUCCUGUGUGUCGGUGGAGAAUGUACUCUAUGUCAACUGUGAAAAGGUGUCUGUCUUCAGACCAAAUCAAUUGAAACCACCCUGGUCAAAUUUUUACCACCUCAAUUUUCAAAAUAAUUUGUUAAUUGUCCUCUAUCCCAAUACGUUUCUCAAUUUCUCACAUGCAGUGUCCCUGCAGCUGGGGAAUAAUAAAUUGCAGAACAUUGAGGGAGGAGCCUUCCUGGGGCUCAGUGCAUUAAAACAGUUGCACUUGAAUAACAAUGAAUUAAAGGUUCUCCGAGCUGACACUUUCCUUGGCAUAGAGAACUUGGAGUAUCUCCAGGCCGACUACAAUUUAAUCAAGUAUAUUGAACGGGGAGCCUUCAAUAAACUCCAUAAACUGAAAGUGCUCAUUCUGAAUGACAAUCUGAUUUCGUUCCUUCCCGAUAAUAUUUUCCGAUUCGCGUCUCUGACCCAUCUGGAUAUUCGUGGGAAUCGAAUACAGAAGCUACCCUACAUUGGUGUGCUGGAACACAUUGGCCGUGUCGUUGAAUUACAGCUCGAAGAUAAUCCUUGGAAUUGCAGUUGUGAUUUGCUGCCUUUGAAAGCAUGGCUCGAGAACAUGCCAUAUAACAUUUACAUAGGAGAAGCUAUCUGUGAAACGCCCAGUGACUUGUAUGGGAGGCUUCUGAAGGAAACCAAUAAACAAGAAUUAUGUUCCAUGGGAACUGGGAGUGAUUUUGAUGUGCGGAUCCUACCACCCUCUCAGCUGGAAAAUGGCUAUACCACACCCAAUGGUCAUACAACCCAAACUUCAUUACAGAGAUUAGUGACUAAGCCCCCCAAAACAACCAAUCCUUCAAAGAUCUCUAGCAUCGUUGCAGGCAAAUCACUCUCAAAUCGUAAUCUGAGUCAGAUUGUAUCUUAUCAAACUAGGGUACCACCACUGACACCUUGCCCAAUCCCUUGUUUUUGCAAAACUCACCCUUCUGAUUUAGGCUUAAGUGUCAAUUGCCAAGAAAAAAAUAUACAAUCAAUGGCCGAGUUGAUGCCCAAACCCUUAAAUGCCAAGAAGCUGCAUGUCAAUGGCAAUCAGAUUAAAGAUGUGGACACCUCAGAUUUCACUGAAUUUGAAGGGCUGGAUCUACUCCACUUAGGCAGCAAUCAGAUUACAGCAAUCAAGGGAGAGGUGUUCCGGAAUCUUACCAAUCUCCGCAGACUCUAUCUCAAUGGCAAUCAGCUAGAACGUCUGUACCCUGAAAUGUUUGCAGGUCUAUACAACCUGCAAUAUCUCUAUUUGGAAUACAACUGGAUCAUAGAAAUCUUAGCCGGCACCUUUGACUCAAUGCCCAAUUUGCAGUUGUUGUACCUGAACAAUAACCUCUUAAAGAGCCUGCCGGUUUACAUUUUUGCAGGUGCUCCUCUUGCUCGGCUGAACCUGAGGAACAACAAAUUCAUGUACCUGCCUGUGAGUGGGGUACUCGAUCAGCUCCAGUCCCUUACACAGAUAGACCUUGAGGGCAACCCGUGGGACUGCACUUGUGACUUGGUGGCCCUAAAGCUGUGGCUGGAGAAACUAAAAGAUGAUAUCGUGAUGAAGGAAUUAAAAUGUGAAACACCUGUACAGUUUGCCAGCAUCGAACUCAAGUCCCUCAAAAACGAAAUCCUGUGUCCGAAGUUGCUCAAUAGGCCUUCGUCUCCCUUCACUAGCCCCAUACCUGCCAUUACCCUCACUACACCAAUGGGGCCCAUUCGAAGUCCCCCCGGAGGCCCAGUCCCUCUGUCCAUUUUAAUCUUGAGCAUCCUGGUGGUCUUGAUUUUAACUGUGUUUGUUGCUUUCUGCCUCCUAGUCUUUGUGCUCCGGCGCAACAAGAAGCCAAUCGUGAAACACGAAGGCCUCGGGAACCCGGAAUGCAGCUCCAUGCAACUGCAGCUGAGAAAGCAUGAGCACAAGACCAACAAGAAGGAUGGGCUUGCAGCAGAAGCCUUCAUCCCACAGACCAUUGAGCAGAUGAGCAAGAGCCACACGUGUGGCUUGAAAGAGUCUGAAGCAGGUUUCAUGUUCUCUGAGCCCCCAGGACAGAAAGUAAUCCUGAGAAAUGCUCCUGACAAGGACAAAGAUCUCGUCCAUGUGGAUACCAGGAAAAGACUGAGCACAAUUGAUGAGUUGGAUGAAUUAUUCCCUGGCCGGGAUUCAAAUGUAUUCAUUCAGAAUUUUCUGGAAAGCAAAAAGGAGUACAACAGCAUCGGGGUCAGUGGCUUUGAGAUCCGCUAUCCAGAAAAGCAGCAAGACAAGAAAAAUAAGAAAUCUCUAAUAGGAGGUAAUCAUAGUAAAAUUGUUGUAGAGCAGAGAAAGAGUGAAUAUUUUGAACUAAAAGCAAAACUCCAGAGUUCUCCCGACUACCUACAAGUUCUUGAAGAGCAAACAGCUUUGAACAAAAUAUAGGUCAUGCAGUCUUAUUUCCUACAGAGGACAUUUAUUUAAUGAUGAAAGUGCCUUUUGUUGACUUCUAACUUCCAAAUUCUAUAUUAUCAAUAGGCAUAGAGGCAGGUGUUUCCAAGGGUGUCAGAUUAACUGUAGUUACAUAUGAGUUGUCAAAUAGAGAAGGAUUUUGACCUUUAAUGGAUUUCACUCCAUAAAACUUAGACUGUGGAAUCCUGUGGGGAUACUGCAAACUCUAUUGCCAAAGGGAUGCUUUAUAUACAUAUUAUGCUGAAUUUAAGUGCAAGGGGCAAAUUGGUUUUGUACCCCCUCCCCCAUUGCAAAACCUUCGCCUCCUUGUGAUUUGUUAAAGCAAACACAAGCAAACUGGUAGCAGUGUUUGUACCUCAGCUGGGUCCUUCAUCUUGCACGUGGAUUAAGUUGGUGGUGGAACUGGAGUAAUCCAUUGAUUUGUGGCAUUGUAACAACUCUGUUUAAAGAUUCUCUGAAAAGUUUUUUUAAAAGCAUGCAAAGAGAGAACAUUCGGUAGUAUUUGUAAAUUGGUAACCUUUAUGGCCUGCAUCUUGAAACCACUGGAUUUACUGAUGUUAAAUUGUGCAAACAUUUGUUUAAAAUAUACCAUGCAUUACAUACCGAUGAAAAUAAAUUUGAACACUUUAAGCAUACCUGUCUAUACAUAAAAUUUAAAAGAGAAAAAAAUCAAUGUGAUUUAUACAGCAUUUGUGGUGAUCUGAAGAAAUAAUUGAUGUUAAUGCAGAAUUAAAUACAACUCAAAAUUCAAACUAUGACUAGAGUUUGUCCUCAGUUAUGUGAAAUAGCUACAAUCCUCUAAGGUUGGCCAAAAUUAGCCAAAUGCUUACCAUGUGAGCGAACCAGAAACUAUUUUUGUAAUAUAAUUCGUAUUUAUGAAAUACCUUGUACACUAAAUAGCAAAAUAUGUACUCCUUAAUAUGUAUUUAAUAUGCCUGACUUGUUUUCCUGAUCACAGUGCAUCUAUCAUUCAAUAGAAAUGAAAAGAGAGAAAAUAUAACAACCUGAAAGCAAGAGAUGAAGUGUAUAGAACUAUUCUGGAUAAUGUGAUCAGGUAUAAUUUCAAACAAACAAACAAACAAAAGUGUUCUGUGCUAUUCUUGUGAAAUUAGCAUAUUAUCUUCAGAUUUGUUACCAAUUGUGCAUUUUAAAAUAGAUUCAUUAGUUUUAUAGUAUCGUGUCUCUCGGACAGUUGGUAUUUGCCAUCAGUUGUCUUGCUUUUCAGGGUUCUACAGCUUAAUCUAAAUAGUUUUCAUUACAAGUAUUUACAAAAAAAAGUAAAGAGUAAGGUAAAUAGUUUAAUCUUAAUAUGCACCAGUAUACUGUUCCUUCAAUUUCUGACCAAUGUCAGAUGGUCAAGUGGAACAGUAAACAUGGUAAUCUUGGCUGGUAGAGGCCACAUUGUAAAAUGCAUUUAUUGGUCUCAGUUCAGUUCACAGUAUUUUAUAGUCUCAUGACUCCCCAAAUGACACCAUUGUGGUUGUUUUGGCAGAUAAGGUGGGAGUCAAACGGAUCAAGAUACUCAAACACCCAUUCAUCGAAGGUGUUUGCAAGAUACAGAGACUGUCUCCCUCUUGGCAAAGUCCCAGUGGGAAAGCCAUUCUGCUUUGACCGGCCUCCAUAAUGUUGCCCUCUGCCACCUUCUGUAACCAAUACAUUGAUCAAUCCAGUGACAAGAAAAGUAAACAGAUUUUCUUCAUGCUUUUCAAGUGGCACUUCUGAGAUGACACUGUGGCAGAAGUUCUAACAACAAUCUUGGUGAUAAACUCUUCAUUUCCAGGGCCUUCUGCAUUUGCCCUGGGAGGAGGUUUGGCAUAUAACCUAGAUUUAAUAUAUAUAUGUAUAUGUAUAUGUGUAUAUAUAUAUAUGCAUAUAUAAUUGAUUUUAAAAAUAUUUUAAAAGAGAGUGAAAAAGAAAUCUCUCCUCAGUUUUCAUGUCUCCUUGCUGGUGGUGCUCUUAGAACUUUAAGGCGAGUGGUUUCCUUGACACAAAAUUUGUGGGAGAAAUUUAUACACAUUUACAAAAGGCCUGAGACAGCUAUUGAAUUCCAAGGUUGAAAAUUGGCAUUAAGUUACAUGUGUGACAGACCGGUGUUCAACCCAAAUGCCAUCUGGAAUGUUAUGAUGUCAUUACCAAACAUGUAUGCAUCCAUGGAGUCAAGGCUUCCUAAAUGCAUAGAGAUCUUACAGGACAAAAAUGAACAAAAACCCUGAAGUACUUUAGUUGAUCCUAUGAUCAAUGAAGUAUGGAUUGUGAAAUCUGAAGUGGAUGCUUCAAUGAUGAACACUCAUAGUUUAGUUUCAUCAGCGAUUUGGGAGUGCUAGGCCAUUGUGAUGAUACCUUUUGCCCAGUGUGGGCAAGCUAAAAGGUUGCCAGAAGAUCAGCAGGAAGAAGACUUCCUGCCACAAUCUGAAGACUCUCUGUAACUAGCUAGCAUAUUGUCUGUAUCUUGGUCUCCUGAGAGAGAUUCAAAAACAAAAACAAAAAUGUUCAAUGGAAAACAAAAGGAAAUUCCAGAAGCAUGGUUCUUUUGGGGGUACUGAUUGUAACUGAAUGGUGGUUAGAAGACUAGUAGUUAAGGCUGAGAUGCUAUCCUUAACCAAAUUCAUUGUGCCUACAUUAUAUAGUGUAUACUAUUUUGCACAGGUCCGUCCACAGUUCUUUUUGAAAAUUUUACAGUAUUGUACUUAGGUGUAAGUUUUGGGUUGAGUGCAAAAGCUGUCAAGAUACUAUAUCUCCAUAUUUUGUCAGUAUAACUACAAUCUUGAUGUUAGUUUAAUCCUUGAGGGGGUAGUGCAUAUAUUUUGGUUCAACAUUUCUAGUAGAACUUGCAUUCAAAUGGAGAACACCCAAGAACUACAGCUUGUCAGCAUGGCUGGACAAAUCAUGGCUUUCUUGGUUCUGUACACAUUUGAAUGGAUUCUUUUAGAACUGUUGCAAGGGAAAUGAGUCGGUAUAAGCAGUAAUGGAAGGGUUAUGAAAAUAUAUUGUGUCCAUGUAUUCUCAAGUAAGUCUUAAAUUAUUUUUUUAUGAAAAUUAAUAAAGAUUAAUCGUUUCUUUGAAAGAGUACAUCUUUGUGUAAUUUCAUCAGAAAGCAGCUAUUCAAGUACAGUGGUUCAAGUACAGUGUAAGCUGAUGUGUAGUCAAAAUUUAGCUUUUCUUGCUGAAUAUUAAACAGAAUAAAAAUCUUAAUCAGAAAAAUCAUUUAAAGCCAGUGUUAUUAGAUUUGUUUCCUUGUUUCUUUUUAUUUUUUCUUUUGUUUUAAAAGCCAUAAGGAUGCAUACAUUAUAAAGGGCAUGGCCUCAUGACUAAUGUUAACAGAUAUUUCAGAUAUAACAUCACAUCUAGAAAUUUAUGGUGGUGAUAUUAUUAAUCUAUCUUAUCUUUUGCAUGAUUUGUACAUUGAUAUUGUAUGAAAUGAGCACAGUGAGGUUUUUUUGUCGUUAUUGUUGUUGCAUCCAAAGAGCUGGGGGAGGAAAUAUAAUAAGAAUGUAUUUAUAAUCACUAUUUUGAAAUAAAGUAAAGAAACAAAUUGUAUUGUUUUUACCCUGCUUUGAUCAUUAAUAUUUUUAGAUUAGUUUAUAGUACAAAAUACAGUUAAUGCUAUUGGGUCACUGAAAAGAAAAUGUUUUAAUGACCUCUGUUUGCUUUCAGCAACAUCAAGGUAUUAGACAGAAUUUAUUAAAUGCCAUUUUGUAUGGGAAAUUAAUAAAAUUGUUUGGUACACUCA